AAAAAAACUGCUGUUUUUCGAUGUGUGCAAAGUGCAGGCUGUCGUUCACUACAACCUAGUGAAAUAGUAUAAGGAUCAAAUUAGGAAUCCAAGAUUCUUGUUUCUUUGGGACAGCAAUAAUAUGGGGAUAAGCUCUCUCUUGAAUGUUGCUCUGCUUGUGCUCUCUCUUCUGAACAACUCCUUAGCUGAAGUAGCUCGAAUAACAAAGCCCAACUGCCCGAGCAAAUGCGGUAACUUAACCGUUCCGUACCCGUUCGGUAUAGGCGCCGACCCCACUUGCGCCAUCAACUCCUUCUUCCACUUAAACUGCAACUCAUCUUUCAACCCUCCAAAGGCCUUUCUCGGGUCAGACAAAUUCGAGGUCUUAUCUAUAUACGACUCCAAAAUACGAAUCAAGAAUCAACUGGCUUGGGUCUGCUACGACAAAAACGGAGACGGGGUCAGUUAUGUUGAGUCCUCCAUGAAUUUAUCGGGAACCCCUUUCAGCUUCUCGAAUGAAAACAAGCUCACAGUCGUCGGAUGUGACGAUGUUUCGAUAAUGUCCGGAAACACGUGGGAUGAUUCCGUCAGUUCUUGCAUCGCCGUUUGCUCGAAAAUCGAGGAUUUGAGCAACGGUUCUUGUACUGGAAUCGGGUGCUGCCAGUCCUCCAUUCCAAAGGGUGGUAUCCAGUCCAUGUCUUCAACCAUGGGAACAUUGAGCGAACAUGCUAAGGUUCAGUCUUUCAACCCCUGCAGCUACUCCUUUCUUGCAGAGGACAACACCUACAAGUUCGAGGUAUCCGAUGUUUCGGAUUCGUCUUUUGUUAACAGGACAACAGAAACUGUUCCGAUUGUGAUUGAUUGGGCGAUUGGGACCAGUUCUUGCGACGAGAUUCAAAAUAGUAAAGAAAUGAUAUGUGAGGGGAAGAGUUUGUGUGUUGAUUCUGAUAGAACGAUUGGAGGGUACCGCUGCAGCUGUUCUCAAGGUUACGAGGGAAAUCCUUAUCUCAGUCCAGGCUGCCAAGAUAUAAAUGAAUGUGAGUCUUAUCCAUGCCAUCCAAAAGCCAUAUGCGUUAAUAGUCCCGGUUCGUUUAAGUGUUCUUGCCCUUCGAAUUACGUUGGUGAUGGCACGGUACUAGGAACUGGUUGCAUUUUUCUGACACUUCCGACAAACACUGCACUAUAUGCAGGUUUACUUGUAGGAUUGGGAUUGAUGUUAUUACUGGCUUUGAGCUUUUGGUUGUACAAAAUAGUGAAGAAGAGAAGAGCAGAACAGCUAAAACAGAUGUUUUUCAAACGAAACGGGGGUCUUAUGCUGCUGCAGCAACAAAUAGCUCAUGAGAGUGUCCUCCACAAAACAAGAAUUUUCACGUCCAACGAAUUGGAGAAGGCCACAGAUCGAUUCAACGAAAGUCGAAUACUUGGCCAAGGAGGUCAAGGUACGGUCUACAAAGGCAUGCUUUCGGACGGAAGAAUCGUUGCUGUGAAAAAGUCAAAGCAAGUAAACGAAGGUCAACUCGCAGAGUUCGUAAACGAGGUUGUCAUUUUAUCACAGAUAAAUCAUAGGAAUGUGGUCAGGUUACUAGGAUGUUGUUUGGAGAUGGAAGUACCUUUACUCGUCUACGAAUUCAUUCCGAAUGGAACCCUAUAUCACAUCAUCCACGAAGACGCUACGGGCUUUCCAUUCACAUGGGAUCUACGGUUGAGGAUCGCUGCAGAGAUAGCGAACGCACUUGCUUACCUACACAAUGCAACUUCCGUUCCCAUAUACCACAGAGAUAUGAAGUCUAGUAACAUUUUACUAGACGAAAAAUACAGAGCGAAAUUGUCGGAUUUCGGAAUUUCAAGAUCGGUUGGAAUAGACGAGACUCACUUGACCACAAAAGUCAAAGGAACCUUCGGCUAUCUUGACCCUGAGUACUUCCAAACGAGCAAAUUCACAGAGAAAAGCGAUGUUUACAGCUUUGGGGUAGUUCUUGUCGAGCUAUUAACCGGCCUGAAACCAAUAUUAACAAGUGAUGAGAACGAAGAACAAAGAAGCCUAGUCAUCCAUUUUCUCUCAACCGUGGAAGAGAACCGUGGCCUUAAGACGAUUCUUGAUCCUCGGAUAAUAGAACAUGGGGUCAAUGAAGAGAAUAUUGCAGUAGCUGAUCUGGCAAAGAGAUGUCUGAAUUUAAGUGGCAGGAAAAGGCCCACUGUAAGAGAAGUAGCUAUGGUGUUGGACAGCAUCAGAAAAUCUGAAAAUCCAUCUUUUGUUGAAGAUAAAAUCUCCACAGAAACAGAAUCUUUUGUGCUAUCAGAUGACGACGAAUCACAGAAUGUUUAGAGUUGGUUUGUUCAGUUUGAAUAAAAAAAUAUUGUGAUCAAGCAGAGAUUCAAGAACUUGAGACAGCAGCAUUGAUCUUGUUCGGAAUAAUUCCUGUGAAAUUUGAUUUGACAUUGGUUUGUUCACAUGAUACUUAUCCUUGUGGACAACCAACAAUGCUGCCAGAGAUUUAUUAUUACUAUUCUAAAGAAGACAAGGUGGUGUACAUAAAACUGUAAGAGAAUAAAGCUGGCCCCAUUAUUUAAUUCCUAAAGAAGGAGCAGAAAAAGAAUUAGGAACUCUGCGUGAUGCUGAUGCAGAGUAUGCUGGAAAUUAAUUUUAUAUUAUUCUUGCCUAUUGUUUUGAGAAAAAAAAUAUAUAUAUGGGAGAUAAUUUGUU